UGGGUUCUUUAGUUUCGUGUCCUAGGGCAUGGGGCACACAGGCGGCACUGCCUCCAGGUGGCCUCUGCCCUUUUCAGACCCCCAUUCUCUGCCCCGCAGGGAUCUGUGACAACAGGGAUGUGCUUAUGAUGAUGGAGAACAAGGACGUGGAAGCCGAGAUCCACCCCUUAAAAAAUGAAGACAAGAAGCCGCAGGGGACUCUGGGGACCCAAAUGGGCAAAGAGGAACCCCCGAAAGUCUCCUCACAACUGUCUCGCCUGUCCCGCUGCCGCAGGGUGGUCUUUUUCCUCUCUCUCUUCAUCUGCCUUUUCACCGUCUUCGUCAUCUCCUUCAUUGUCCCCUGCCCAGAGUUGUCUGUGGCCCAGGGGAUGUGGAGGAUCAACUUCAGCCAAGCAGUCACCUACAACUUCCUGGGCAUGAGGGAUGUGAACAUGGACAGGAUCCAAGAUGUUCUCAUUCUUUAUAAAAGCACAAACACCAGCAGCAACUCCAGCAUAUCCUGCUCGGACGAAGGUUUCUCGACUCCCUGCACCUUUGUGGCCGCUCUGUCAGGAGUCAAUGGCAGUGUCCUCUGGGAAAGGCCGGCAGCCCAGGACGGGGCCCUCGUGGAUUGUGCCGGCCCCCUACCAGGGCACCACGGGGCAGCCUCCACCUGUUUCUUCCUUGGCAGGUCCAGCUCCCUGAUGGCCGUGGACUCAUCUACAGGGGAGACCUUGUGGAGCUCUGAGACCUUCGUGGGCAAGAACGCCUCCUCACUGAACACACUGCUGCGGGUGCCCGACAUGAAUGCUGACGGCUCCCCAGACCUGCUGCUGCUCACCGCAAGAGGGGAACCGAGGUCCAAGGCUAUGUCUACUCCAGCAGCACCGGGCAGCAGAUCGGGGCCCCCAGGCAACCUGAGUGUGGACGGCGUGCGAGCGGCGUCCCCCUGCACAGUCUCCAGGGCCAGGGGCUGGGGAGGGGCCAGGGCACCUGCAGACCCUGACAGGAGCCCUGUCGAGCAGGAGGGUCCCCUGUGCGGCUUCUCCAUGAAGGCCCAGGCCGAGGAAGCGACCAGUACGGACACGAGCCCACUAAGGAGGGACCCGCAGUGGGAGGCUGGUGCUCAACACCAGUGCCCAGGCGCUGCGCAGCACAGGGGAGGGAAAGGCUUCAAGCCCUGUUCUUCCCAUCCGCUGUCCCUCAGUGCUGGGACCAUUCGCUACCUGGUGAAGGCACCAAGCUUGGAUGAAGAUCUGCUCCUCGUGGGCUCAGAGGCCUGUGUGCUGCUGAGUGGGCCCGAGCUGGAACAGUGGACCAUCCACAUCACCCAGGUCCUUAGGAGACCCAUCUUCGGCCGCUACAAGCCAGACACCUGGGCUGUGGUCCUUGAGAAUGGCACCAACACUGACAGACAGUGUGAUGCUAUCCUGCUUCUGGACCUCAGUUCUGGAGCUGUCCUGUGGAGCCACCUGCUUCCCUGCUCCCGACGAGACCCACACUCAGCCAGCCUGAUGACCGCAGACCACAGAUCUGUCUUCUUCUUCUGGGGCCUUCACCAGCCUGCUGGCACCAAUGAGACGGUACUGGUGGAGAGGCUCUCAGGGUCCAGCCUGAGGACACAGGCCCAGACUGCCAGCCUGCUAGCAGCCGUGGGGCCGGGGGAAGAUGCAGGGAAGGGCAGACACCCACACCCAACCAGAGCGGCUCAGCGGUGGGGCUGGGAGAGGGGUGCAAACUGGAGUGGGCACCCAGUGGCUCAUGAGGAGCCCCAGAUAGCGCAGAGGUCCGCAGAGGCCCGACACUGCCUGUACAUGUUCCACCCACCUGCCAGUGUCUUGCUGGCCCUGGUCAACAUCUCCGACAACAUCAUCGCCUUUCGUGCGGUCCUGCUGGAGCCCAGUCGUCAUGCAGCCUUUGUGGUCCUGACGGGCCCCACCAGCCCAGAGGUGCCAGUGGUCUCCGUGACCAAGUAUGAGGUCCGGGCCCUGGUUCCUCUAGCAAGGUGGUCCACUGGCGAGGGCGGGCAGGACAGCGAUCAGGUCAUCCAGGACCGGUUUUCCCGCCUGCGCUACUGGACCGAGAGCUAGACCAGUGCACUGCUGCGGAAUUAAACGUGGAAACUGCCUCCACCGUCUCCUGCUGACUCUUGCUUGACUGGUGCCUGCCUGUGGGUCCCUCCUGAGGGCGAGGGCCUCUCCCUCCACUGCUGCCUUUGGUUCUUCACCAGGCUGUGCUGGACUCUGCUCCUCCAGCUGCCCACCUCCCACUCAGCCUCCGAAAACGCCCUUGCAUCCCUUU